GCCCGCGUGGGCCGGGCAGGCCUGGCCCGGAGGGCAGCCGGGCGGAGCACGGCCGGCCGGCCUUUUGUUUGCCUCCCUGGGGCCGCGCGGCCCGGCGCUGACUCGGACCCCGGACCCCGAGAACGAGCACGCCCCGCCGGCCGCCGCGACGACCCGACCGAAGCCUCGCGCCUGGCGCCCCCACCCCCGGCGGCGCCAGGACUGUGUUAGGGCGCUUGCUCCUCAGCGCCGGCGGCGGGGUUCGAACCUGGGACUCGGGGAGCCCUAGCCGGGCCUCCGGGUUCCCUUCCCUAGUGUGCACUCGGGUCCGCGCAUUGGCAGCUCGCGGCUCUACUUGAUCCCUUCCUGCGGGUCAUCUAACUGGCCUUGGCCAGCUCCUGACCAGGGACUGAAGUUGCGGCGUCUGGCCGGGUGCGCCGCCGGGUUCCAUGGAGCUGGAGGGGCAGUGGUGGCGAGGACAGCUGGCUGCGGAUAUUCACCAGGCGCUUCGGUACAAGGAGCUGAAGUUGCCUUCUUAUAAAGGCCAGUCCCCUCAACUGAGUCUCAGGCGAUAUUUUGCUGACUUGAUUGCCAUCGUGAGCAAUCGCUUCACACUCUGCCCUUCUGCCCGACAUCUUGCUGUCUAUUUGCUGGACCUGUUCAUGGAUCGCUAUGACAUCUCUAUCCAGCAGCUCCAUUUAGUUGCGCUUUCCUGUCUACUCCUAGCAAGUAAAUUUGAAGAAAAAGAAGAUAGUGUGCCUAAGCUGGAGCAGCUCAACAGCCUGGGUUGUAUGACUAACAUGAAUCUAGUACUAACAAAACAAAAUUUGCUACAUAUGGAACUAUUGUUAUUAGAAACCUUUCAGUGGAACCUCUGCCUUCCUACAGCUGCCCAUUUCAUUGAGUAUUACCUCUCUGAAGCAGUACAUGAAACAGAUCUUCAUGAUGGCUGGCCAAUGAUUUGCUUGGAAAAAACAAAGCUCUACAUGGCCAAAUAUGCAGAUUACUUCCUGGAAGUGUCUCUGCAAGAUUAUGCCUUUCUAAAUUAUGCACCUUCUUUAGUAGCUGCUGCAUGUGUGGCUUCUUCGAGGAUUAUACUUCGUCUUUCUCCAACGUGGCCUGCAAGACUGCAUCGGCUAACUGCUUACUCCUGGGAUUUCUUAGUGCAGUGUAUUGAACGGCUGUUGGUUGCUCAUGACAAUGAUGUGAAAGAAGCAAACAAACAGAGGGGACAGGCAGGCCCUCAGUCAGCACAACUGGGUGUGUUCCAGACGGCGUCCCAGCCCUCACGGCCAGUUCACUUUCAGCAACCUCAGUAUCUUCAUCAGACUCAUCAGACCUCCCUGCAGUAUCGCCACCCUGUAUCCGAACAGCCCAGCUGUCAGCAGAUUGUGUCUACCACACACACCUCAUCUUACACACUACAGACGUGUCCUACUGACUUGCAAACUAGUGCUCAGGGCCUUGGGCACAUGCAGACUGGUGUGGGGAUGUCCUUGGCAAUACCAGUGGAAGUUAAACCCUGUCUGAGUGUUAAUUAUAACCGGAGUUAUCAGAUAAAUGAACAUUACCCAUGUAUCACUCCAUGCUUUGAGAGGUGAUCAUGUGUGCAGGUUAUAAGUGACACAGACUAUUCUGUGGCCUUUAGCUCUGGGGCAAGCUUUUUGUAAUCCUUUCUUCACAAGGAAAGGAAUACAAAUAAACAGAAUUAGUCAGGUACCAGCACCAGGAAGACUGAAUAUCCCUUCCAAUACAUCAUGGAUACCUAGGAGAACUCUGCAGACAUUGUAAUGUAUAUCAAAUCCUGUUAACAAAUCCUUGUAUGACAGAAAUGUUCCAGCCCUAGCUAAUGGUCCAUUUAUUUCAAAAUACUCAAUACGUCAGGAAAUUUGGGGGACUCCAAUUUGCCAUUCUGAGAUUCGACCUGUGGUAGGCUUUGGGCCUUAUGUUGGCUCAUAUGUCAAAGACUGUUUAUCUGUGGACUUGCCAAACUGUCUUUUAUGAAGGAAAGUUACAGUAUUAAUUUUUUAAGAGUUUUUUUUUUUUUUUUUUUUUUUUUUUUAAUUCUGCAGCUUUGAGUUUUAUUUUUGACCUACAGGUGGGUUUCUAAGCUUGAACUCAUGAAUUGCUAUGCAUACUAAUAUGUGUAGUUAAAGAAAUUCAGAUCAUUCUGUUUAACUUCCUAUCAUAAAUAAUAUAGGUAUCUGAAUUUAUAUACUAAAAUUAGGGGCGAGGCAGAUACUGAAAUUAUCUUGAAAUCAUGGUCAUAAUUUUGUUUUGCUGUUUGAUUUUUUUUUUGUUGUUUUUGGUUUGUUUUUUUUCCCCUCCCUAAGUGAUCAAACUCAAGUCUUUAGAAUUAAAACACAUUUAACUCAGGGAAUUUGUACUACUUGGAAAUGCAUAACUGUAAUGCAACAUGCUUUGGGAGUGUUAACAGUGUGAACUACCUGCAUAACACAGGCUUAGAAUACUCCUGCUAGGAUGUGAUUUUAAAUGAGAUCCUAAAAUAGCACAGGAUGAAUGAUUUGUGUCCUGUGAUUGCUAAUACAUCGACAGGUUUUGCAUCACCCAGUGCAAUCAGUGAUUUAUAGCAGAUUUGUUGUUGCUCAUUAAAAAGUUUUUCAGGAGAAAAGACGUAACUGUAAAAUACCAGUACUAGAAUAAAGUGCAGUAGGUUUAUUCUAGAGCUGAGGGUAGCCAGGGUGGUACUCAGGCUGAGCUAAUGCAGCACUUUGUUAGUGGAAGAUGAUUUUAUAAGCAGCCUUGGAAUCCAGCUAGUCAGUCUUAAGCAAGCAGGGGUACUAAUUGCAAAAUUUCAGUAGCCAUUUUCAUUAGAUUGGCCCUGGAACAUUUCAUUGUAUUGGUAGUGAGUGGGAACAGCAAUAAUAGUCAUUACAGCAAGUACAACUGGGCCAUGAGACAUUUGGAGGAAAUAAACUUAAAAAAUAAAAAAGAUUUUAAGGUAAUGAUAAACUGUAUACAUUAUGCUCCUAUCCAUGGGAGAAGAGAAACUCAGUGGAGGGAAGUUAGAAGGUGUGUCUGUGUUUUUAUGUGCUAGCACUUGAAUAGAAGGGAAUCUGUGUGGCAGAUAUGUGACUGCCACAGUGUGCAUUGAAGAAAACUUACAAUAAGAUGUGGGUAUGCAGCUGGAGUCUCAGUAAUCAAGCCAAUGGCCUUUGUUAGGAAGGGAAGGGAAGGGGCUCCACAUCGUAAUGGACUGAUCCAGGCAGCACCAGUGGAUGAGUGUGAGUGGUGGCUUCUGCCAGCAUGAAUUCUUAGAAAUGUCCUUUCCUUAACAGAAGAUAACUUUUAUAUUUAGAAUACAUAGGGCAUGAUGUGGACUUACUGGUCUGGUAAAUGAAACAAAAACCACUCAGGUAAGAGCAUACACUCUUGGCAGUUUUCAGGCAUGAAAAUCGUUUUAUGAACAUGCCACUUUUCCUCUUUAAAAAGGCUGCUAAUUGGAUUUUAGUAAUUCUUAUGUUAAAAACUUGAACUAUUGGAGGGAAGUAAGGUUCAAAACAUAAUGAAUCUUUCACAUUCACAAACAGAACCCAGCAACCUGGAGUCCAGUUUUCAGUAUUAUAACUACCUCAGUAAUGUUAUGAAUGUAAGAUAUUGGGAUAGAAAUCCUAACUUGAAACAACAGCCAGUGCCUGUGGUAAUUUAAUGUCUUGUCAAAUGCUUUUAUUGAUUGGUUAUAUGUCAUUCUUGUUAUAGAAGAGUAUUUGCCUUUUUAAAAAGCUUAUUAACACUUUUUCCAAUUUAUAUUUUAAAAACUAAAGAACACUGGAUUAAUCUUUUUGGGGGGUAGAAAAAAAAUAAUCGAUUACUAUUGCUGCAUACCCAGGGUGGGGUGGGGAGGUUGGAGAACCCUUAACUAUUUUUAAAACAUUAGGUUUCACUAUAAAUACAACUCAACAACUGUUAGCUUUUGGGGGUGGGGAACUGUGUGGGUUUUGUUUUGUUUAAUUUAUUGAUUAGUCUUUAAAGUUUCAUUUUGUUUUGUUUUUGAGAUCACCGGACCAUCAUUAAAUAUGCACUGUGAAGAGAUUAAUGAUAUGUAUAGAGGACUUAACCAAAGUCCAUUAAUAAACACUAUUCAAGUACAAAACUGCAAACCAAAAUAUAUCUGUGCUAUGAUGUUGAUUACAGAUAGUGAAUAUGGUGCUGAAGUCUACACAGUGGAAUUAGAUGAGUGCUAUGCACUUAAUUUUAAAAUAAAACUAGUUU